AUGGCGAAGCUUGCGGCUCUCCAGCGGGAGAUUGGAAGAGCAGUGUUGGACUGUCCAGGCCUGGCGUUCAUACCAGGAUACCCUCAGGCUGUAGCCAUGAUGCCCCUGCCUCAACUGUGGUCCAUCUGUUUCUUUGUUAUGCUCAUUCUCUUGCGUCUUGAUUCACAAUUUGUUGCCAUGGAAGUAGUGAUGACGUCCUUUGUCGAUAUGUUUCCCAAAGUGUUGCACAGAGCCGGCCGAAGGGAGAUUUUUCUCCUUCUCUACUGCCUGAUAUGCUUCUUCUCUCAGCUUGUCAUGGUUACUGAGGGAGGAAUGUUUGUGUUCCAGUUGUUGGACUACUAUGCUUGUAAUGGAGCUUGCAUCCUCUUCCUAUGUGUGUUUUGA